GCUAGCUGGGUAGAUGCAGGGAUUUUGUGUCUGAAUUAAAUGGCUGCUGAGAGAAAAUCAUGUGAACGAUUUUGGAUUAAUAAUGUUUGCUCCCGGCGAUAAUACGCUAAUAACAAUGUCGCACUUCUGUUAAAUUCAUUUGACAUUUUUUUAUUUUUUUUUUCCCCUCUCCGUUGAACUACGAUCUUUUUCGAAAGAGUGGAUUUGCCUUGUCGACACACAGCGGUGAGGAUUGGAGGCUAGCUUGUCAGGUAGCAGGCAGUAGGCAGCCACAUCAACACCGCUGCUCCCAGUCACGCACAGAUUUUAUCAUGGCAGACAAUAUCAUGAGCAAGGCUGCUACCAUGGAGAUCCCCAUUAAUAGCAAUGGAGAUACAGGGACUCUGACUGAGGAUGACAGCCUGGAGCAGGAUCUGCAGCAGGUGAUGGUGUCUGGACCCAACCUGAAUGAAACCAGUAUUGUCUCAGGGGGCUACGGAGGACCCGCCGGGGGCAUCAUUCCUACAAGCUCCAUCAAAGGGCCUGCAGUUUGCUACAACCCAGAGUAUCUGGACAGAAGACGAGCCCCUGCACCAGGACUAGGUGGCUACAUUCGCCUGAAAUCCAGGGGUGUUAACUUGCCUAACAGUAAUGCUUCAGCCAGUCGACUUGCCCAUCACACAAACCAGCAUCCAGGGUCAUUGAAUCAUAACACUAAUUCAACCGAAGAAGUUUCUCGUGGUGUAGCGGUGGAGAAACUGGACACUGUAAAGAAAUGGGGCAUUAAUACAUACAAGUGUACAAAGCAGUUGUUCUCGGAGAAGUUCGGCAGAGGUUCCCGAACGGUGGACUUGGAACUGGAAGCCCAGAUCGACGUUUUGAGGGACACAAAGAUCAAAUAUGAAAACAUUUUAAGACUGGCGACAGCACUCAUCACUCACUUCCAAAGCAUGGUGCAAACGCAGCAGGCUCUCGGAGACACUUUCACAGACCUGAGUCAGAAGUCCCCUGAGUUACAGGAUGAAUUUGGCUAUAAUGCAGAAACACAAAAGCUGCUGUGCAAGAAUGGCGAGGCUUUGCUCGGUGCCAUCAAUUUCUUCGUGUCCAGCAUUAACACCUUGGUCAAUAAAACAAUGGAGGAUACUCUGAUGACAAUCAGACAGUAUGAAAAUGCAAGACUUGAAUUUGACGCCUAUCGCUCUGAUCUGGAGGAGUUAAGCUUGGGUCCAAGGGAUGCCGCUGCUGUGGUUCGCAUCGAGAUGGCUCAGCAGGAAUACCAGAUCUACAGAGAGAAAUACGAACGGCUUCGUAGUGAUGUCUCCAUCAAACUUAAAUUUCUGGAGGAAAAUAAGGUGAAGGUGAUGCACAAGCAGCUGCUUCUCUUCCAUAAUGCAAUCUCAGCUUACUUUGCUGGCAACCAGCAGCAGUUGGAACAAACUCUUAUACAGUUCAAUGUAAAGUUAAAGCCUCCAGGGUCAGACAAGCCAUCCUGGCUGGAGGAACAGUAAUGGGCGCACAAGGUUCACUUGCUUCUUGACAUUUUCGGUGACACCACUGAUGAGUGGUUAGAGGGAUUAAAGUUAAUUGUUUAAAGGAGGUUAUUGUAGAAUCUGUAGGAUCACGAUAUAAACCCUUUGUAAUGUUUUUUAGUAUCAUUUAUGGCAUAGAUGGAAAUAUUCUUCUUUUGUUACAUCACAAACUCUUAUUUUGCUAUUCUUUGCUAUAUUUAGCGCAAUCAUUUACCUACCUGUCACCUAUUUGUGUAUAAGAUUGUGGUCUAGUAUAGAGGUUCCCUUGGGCAGUUUUGCACAUUCUUUUAAUUUUGCCUAAAGAUACAUUAACAUGUCAGUGUAUAUUUGAGAAAUUCCAAAAGUUGGAACAGAACACUGAGAAAGUGUACAUAAUGUUAGGACAUAUCAUCCAUAAUGGUAUUUAUUUUCUAAACCACGUUCUUCACCUUUUAAAAUAUUUUAUGUCCAAGAUAUCAGGAUAUAGAACAUUUCUCCGAAUUAACCUACUGUUUCUACUGUCACUUUGUUAAAAGUACCUUUCUGAAGAACGGUCUUACAGUGAACUUAUAUCGGGAAUAUAAUGAUGUUUUUGUUUUGAUCUGAAAAACAAUCAUAAUCACUUUGGUCUUUUUAACUUUGGUUAUCCCCAGAUCUAGUAUGUUGUAAUGAGUGCAGCACCACUACAGGCUUAUGUGUUUGCUUUCUUUUUGCUAUUCCAGAGUUCACACACAUAAAUCUUCUCCUUUUAAUAUAAUGUUUUCCUGUACUCUGCAUAAGUGCAUAUUUUUGAUCCUUUAAUAAUAAAUGCGUAGAUCUGAGUUAGACUAAAAAAGAUCAAAAUCCAGUGUCAGCCAAGUUGAGUGUGGUAAGAACAGGAGGUGCCUGUGUGAAGCUAUGAACAGGCUGCCAAAUUUAUUCUUAAAGUCUCAAACCCUAAAACUCAAACAGUAAACACUUAAUACCAAAUGCACUUUAGAAUAAAUGUAAAGGUCAGUGUCCCUUCCAAGACAGAAUGUACAAAGUAGCUUUUUCAUAUUUUGUUAUUUAUUCACUGGUUUGUAACAUGUCAGUGUGUAACACUGAGGGUUCUUCAAGGUUGUAGUCGAUUGGUUGUUUUCCCUCCUGCAUUUCCAAUAAAGCGCUGGAUGUUAGAAGUUUCA